CAUUCUCCUCAUUUCCUAACCGGCCACACUUUUGCUUUGUUCAACCUUGUUUUAGAUUAGAUAUCGUUUCUUUUGAGUAGUAAGGGUGGACUGCCAGGUGUGUUAAUCCUGUUUUCUCCUGUUUAAUUAGUUAGGGAGGUUUCACUCUGAAGAAUGGGAGGUUUCAACAAUAACGACACAUCACUGAACAACAGUACCGACUUGGACUUGAGAAAAAUAGAAUCUAUCAUAUAUGUGAUGACAUGCAUAAUCAUCUGUAUUGGACUUCCUUUGACCCUCGUGGCCAUCUAUGCUCUUUAUUCUCUGGUGGGAAAGUAUAAUGUUGCUCCGAUCUCCGUCAUCAACCUUCUCAUUUCCGACCUCGUUCAGUUCUGCUGCCUGAUUAUUUGGGUGGCACAACCUGAGGACCAGAACAUAUAUAAAAAAGGUGGUCGCAUUUAUGGCUCUAGUCUGUUGGCCAGUGUUGGCUUCAUGCUGUGCAUCGCCCUGGAAAGGUAUUUGGUCAUCGCCUGCCCACUGUGGUACCGCUUCAGACGAUCCAUCAAGAUCUCCGUGGUGGUCUGUGUCCUGGUGGGAAAGGAUCAUGUCGCUCCGAUCUACGUCAUCAACCUUCUCAUUUCCGACCUCAUUCAGUUCUGCUGCAUGAUUGUUAGGGUGGCAAAACCUAUGGACACAUAUAACAUAGGCAGACUCAUUUACUUCUCUAGUCUGAUGGCCAGUGUUUGCUUCAUGGUGUGCAUCGCCCUGGAAAGGUAUUUGGUCAUCGCCUGCCCACUGUGGUACCGCUUCAGACGAACCAUCAAGAUCUCUGUGGUGCCCUGUCUGCUUCCAUCUCAGUUCCAGCUGAUGAAAAACGUCGAAUUGUGGCAAUGUUGGUCCUGGUGCUGCUUCUUUACACGUUGCUGUUCCUGCCCUUGA